AUGUCCGAGGGCCGAAAGCAGGCCGAGGUUCCAGCAGCAGCGAGCGUUGUACUUCGCCGGUUAGAGUCAGAUCAACCGCUACAAAAGCGUAACUUUAAGCGCAGCAAAAACGAUCUGCUUUCAGCUAAUAGCAUUGUAGUAUUACUGAUAUCACACACAUUUUUCUAG